AUGUCCGGCUCACUUGUGCGUCUGCGGUUGGGCUACCCAUCGUUUUCCCGAUGCUCUCGGGUUCCCAGUUCUCGUCGGUUGUUCUCGUCGGACUCCCCCUUGAUCACUUCCACUAGGGCCGUCUCAACCCCCGGAACUCGCCCGGGACUAUCAGGGAACUUGAAUUUACAUUCCGAUCAUGACCUCCUCUUGCCGUCUUCCUCCUCUGCCUCGUCGUUCUCUACCUCUUCCAAGCUUUCGGAUCCCGGCGACUGGGACGUGAACCCAAAUCUCUCAAUCUCCGGCUUCGACGAGCUCCCUUCCAAGGACUUUGGCGUCAACCAGCACAUGAUAAUCAAUCAAGAGUUCAAAGAAGCCCCUCCGUCAGAUUCUUUGGCAAUUCCGCGCUCCAAUUCGCUAUGCCUUCGCCUACGGAUCGGGUGUCUUCCCGCAGUCCAGGAUAGAUUUGGUGCAGGUGUUUACUUCAACCCCUACGUCACCGUCAAUGGCACGUUGAUAAAGUAUGGAGUUGUCAACCUCGACACGCUGUGUAGGGACUUGAGCUCGUGGGACACACUGUACCUUGCGGGUCGGCUGCAAAAACCGGUCAAGAUCCUGCGUGACCAUCCGAAGGUGCGGCUCGCUAACCAGAUGAAUUUACUGUCCGCCGUCCGUGUUGCUUUGUUGCUCCUGCCCGAACAAUUUACCGAAUUCCAACUGUACAGCACUAUUGCCGGUAUCAGCUACAUGGGCGAUCUUCGGAUGGUACUUCCAGCAGAGGAUCCCAAAAAGGUGAACAACAUUGUCUCCGGCCAGAUGGCGAAUUUCCGGCGGCUUUAUGCCCCGCUCAUCGAAACCCUGCCCAAUGUCACCUUCCGGGAUAAGCGCUGUAUGGAGGACGACUGGAUCGAUGACCCGGAUGCUAAUAUGCAGCUCGUCCAAGACAUGGACCCAGUGAAACGCGGAAACAUGGUACGCCGGCUUCCAGAAUCUUUCCGGGAGAAGUUGUAUUUCCAGUAUCAGUCUCGUUUUGGCAUACCCCGAGCGGAAUUCAACAAAAUGAUGCAAGAGGCCAACGACAACGAUCCGGAGAUGGUUCGCCGGAGGCAAGGCGGGCCUUUCGACCAGCGCAUUGCAGGGGACGCGAACCUCACAAAGGAAGUUCAGGCCUCGAUCACUAAGACCAUUCGUUGGCCGAGUACAGUUCAGACCAUCAAAGGACCCUUCACUUCCGGCGUGAGGAGGACAUGGCGUUAUUUACGUGAAAAGCAGGACAAAUACAAGAAGUCCGGCAAGCAUUCCAGCCCUCCGAAAGAAUCACCUUCGAAGGCAUCAAAGGAGGAAUAG